AAUAAUAAUACUACUCCUAUUUAGCCACUGGAAAAGUUUACAACCUUGCACUGUAUAUCGUACAACCUUCCUAACAUAAAAUCCUAAAUCCUAAAAUUACGUUCCAAGCAUUCCACCCAUCAUCGUUGCUCUUCAGACUUGCGUAUGAAUCAAUUUCUUACACCCUUCACUUCGACCUCCUCACGUAAACCCUCAUUUAUACAAUCACAAUUUUAAUUUCCCGGAAAAAAAUCUGUUGUUGUUGUUGUCGUAGAAGAAUUAUUGGUGUUAUUUUAUUGUUUUGAUUAUUAUGUAUAGAUCUGGAGCAGUGAUGGCGUGGAAUGUUUUCAAAUUUUGUGCGGCCUUGAGAGGGCUGGGCUCGAUCAUGAUUUUAGUCGUCCUAGGAGUUGUCGGCGUCACCUAUUACGCCGUCGUUGUUUGUAAUUAUGCUCCCGCCCUCGUCGACGGUGACCUAGAUUCGCUCAUCGCCGUUGCCGUGUUGAUCUUGUUCCAUUCUUUGUUGGUGAUGCUGUUGUGGAGUUAUUUUUCGGUUGUUUUCACGGAUCCAGGCAGUGUGCCUCCAAAUUGGAGGCCUGAAUUGGAUGAAGAAAGAGGAGAUACUGACCCUUUGACGGAAUCAGAAUUUGGGACAGCAUCAUCCGACCCUGUCAACCUGAGAGUGAGAUAUUGUCGAAAGUGCAACCAGUUUAAACCACCUCGGUGCCAUCAUUGUUCUGUUUGUGGGAGGUGUGUCCUAAAAAUGGAUCAUCAUUGUGUAUGGGUUGUCAAUUGUGUUGGCGCAUUAAACUACAAGUAUUUCCUUCUUUUCCUGUUCUACACAUUUCUUGAGACCAGUCUUGCGACACUAGCAUUGCUACCUCAUUUUGUUGCAUUCUUCAGUGAUGGGGAGAUUGCUGGGACUCCAGGCAAUCUUGCUACCACCUUCCUUGCCUUUGUAUUGAACCUUGCAUUUGCUCUGAGCGUCUUGGGGUUUCUGAUCAUGCACAUAUCCCUGGUGGCAGCUAAUACCACGACAAUUGAGGCAUAUGAGAAGAAGACUACUCCAAAGUGGCGGUAUGAUCUGGGUCGAAAGAGAAACCUUGAACAGGUUUUUGGGUUGGACAGAAGGUACUGGUUCAUCCCAACUUAUUCAGAAGAAGAUGUACGAAGGAUGCCUGCCCUACAGGGUCUUGAAUAUCCGUUGAAACCUGACUUUGAUGCCCAAGAAUUCUGAACCUUGUUCGACAUUUUGUAAGAAAACGGGUUUCUUCCCUAGUUGAAGCUACAGUGGAGCACCAAAAGCACGAUUUUUUCACCCUUUAAUUUGCAUGGUUAUUGAUUUGGGACUGGUGCAGCCGCCUGGUGGCACAUGCUGAAUAACAACUCGAGGAUGAUUAACCUGGUUGGAGUGGAAGCCCUUGGACCGCACAGGCGAGGAUGCCUUGACGAUCUGAUUUGCUGACAUGUAUUGAUUAUCCAGCUGAGAACUCUGGGUACUGUUACAUACAGAAAAGAUCCCGUUGAGAUGGUGGCAUGUUUGAUGUUCUUGUAAGCUUUAAUUGUAGUUUCAAAAAGAUGUAGAUAUUCUCAGUAGCUAACACGUAAUGAUGGUGUAACCCUUGUGAUCACUUGUGUUGGUGCCUGUGAGAAAUCAAUUAGAGGAGAAAUGUUUUCUCGGAUUUGUACUCUUUUCAUGUAUUACGCCAAAUGUCAGGGCCUUCAAUAUAAUCCUAAUUAUCCCUUUAAUUUUAUGUUCUCAAUGAAA